AUGAACAAAAUAACAACAACACAUAGAAUCAGUGAAGAAAGAAAAGUGUAUUGUUCCAUUCCAAAAUUUAUUCUGAACAACGAAUUAUUACAAAAAGCUAUAAAAAAAUGCCUUCCAGAGAAUUACAAUUUCGAAGUAUAUAAAUGUAUUGAUAUAAUAUUAAGAGAAGGAUAUAAACAUAUUGCUUUGCAAUUACCUGAGGGAUUAUUAAUAUGGGGAUUAUAUUUGUCGGAAAUAUUUUAUUUCUUUUGUAAUUGUGUAGAGGAGGUUAUGAUAUUAGGGGAUGUUACAUAUGGUGGUUGUUGUAUUGAUGAUUUUACCAGUAAAAAAUUAAAAUGCGAUUUACUUAUUCAUUAUGGUCAUUCUUGUUUAAUUCCAUUAACUGUUACAAAUAUUAGAUGUAUUUAUGUUUUUGUCGAUAUAAAAUUAAACUGUACCCACUUAAUAGAAACAAUUAAAAAAAAUUUUGAUAAAAAAGAUAUUAUUUUGUUACUAGGAACGAUUCAAUUUUCUUGCGUUGUUCAUAAUGUUCAUUCCAUUUUGAAGAAUGAAAAUUAUUUCGACACAUUAUUGCCAAUACCCCAGGUGUUACCCCUUACCAAGGGGGAAGUUCUAGGAUGUACGUCUCCAAAUUUGUACCACUUUUUGCAUGAACAGGUCAUAAAAAAGGAAAAAGAAAUGGAAGGGGCGGAUGAAGGUGAACGAAAAAACAUACAUGAACAUACGUAUGAACAUGAAUGCACAUGUUCGGAUGGACGUGAGGGAAAAACGGCAUGGGGGGGAGAGGGGCAGGUAAGUGCCAAUGGAGUCGAAACAAAGUGUUGUAAAACCAAAGAAAUCAAAAUUAACGCGAACGAAAAGGACGAAUCGUAUAUUAUGAACGCGUGCAGAAUUUUCUUAAAACAAAAUAAGGUAAAAAUUGUUUUUAUAGCGGAUGGAAGAUUUCAUUUAGAGAGUUUGAUGAUACAUAACCCUGAUUUCUCUUUUUAUCGUUAUAACCCUUUUGAUAAAAUAUUAACAGUAGAAAAAUAUAACUAUAAACUUUUUUAUGAAAUAAGAAAAAACGAAAUAAAAAAGUGUAUUAACUGUAGAACGGUAUGUAUAAUUUUAAGCACAUUAGGUCGACAAGGAAAUGUGAAUAUACUGAAAAAUAUUAUAGAUAUAAUAAAGGAAAAGAAUAUAUAUUUCUUUAUCCUUUUACUCUCUGAAAUUUAUAAUGAAAAGUUGCAAUUAUUUAAAAAUGUAGAUGUUUUUAUUCAAAUAGGAUGUCCAAGAUUAUCUAUUGAUUGGGGUAACUUUAAUAUGAAACCAUUAUUAAAUACAUAUGAAGCUUACGUAUUAUUUAAGUCAUUGAGGUAUAGAAAAGUUUAUCCUAUGGAUUAUUAUUCAUCUUCUGGUAAUGAAUGGACUAAUUAUAAUGCAGGUAUAGGUAACGUAAAGGAAAGAAAUUUAUCGAUGAAAGAAAUCAUAAAACGACGAAUACAGAUGAGAAAAAAUAAAAUUAAUAUACACUACCAAUAG